AUGGAUACAAAUAUCUUAGAAUAUUUCAAACAAACGCCAUCAGAAAAUUAUUUCAUUUUUAUACCAAUCUUGAUUGUCAUCGUAUUGUGGAUUAUCAAAGGAAAAUUCCCAGUUUACCUAAUCAUUGUAAUUGCAUGCUUUGCUCUGUAUAAUUUAAAACGGGAAACCGAUAUCACUCUUACUUCACUAAAAGAUGCGCAGAAACUUCUAUCCGAAGACGUUAAUCGAAAAUUUGAUGACCUUACUGAAAAAAUUCAAUUGCUAUACGAAGAGAUGCAACAAAAACAAAUUUCGGGAGAUGCUUCAAGUGAAUUGACAAAUAGUUCUCAAG